AUGGCAACGCGGGGCUUCGCGCUCCCGCCUCCCGGGCCGCAGACAGGAAGCCGUCCGCGCCGGGGGCUUCUGGGAAACGGCUGGGAUCGGCGUCUGUGCGUCGGCCGCGGACAGCGGAGCUGCUGCGCUUCCCGAGCCCGAGGAUUGCCUGUGAAGAACACGAGGUAUUUCUCUGAGGCCCGUGCUCUGCCCAUCUUGAUAGUCUUUGCUUGGAGUCUUAAAAUCAGGAUGUCUGCACCGUCAGUGGAAGAAGAUUCGAUACUCAUCAUCCCAACUGCAGAUGAGGAGGAAAAAAUUCUGAGAGUGAAGUUGGAAGAGGAUCCCGAUGGUGAAGAGGGAUCAAGCAUCCCCUGGAACCAUCUCCCGGACCCAGAGGUGUUCCGGCAGCGGUUCCGGAAGUUUGGGUACCAGGAUUCACCGGGGCCGCGGGAAGCUGUGAGCCGGCUUCGAGAACUUUGCCGUCUGUGGCUCAGGCCCGAGACACACACAAAAGAACAGAUCCUGGAGCUGGUCGUGCUGGAGCAGUUCGUUGCCAUCCUACCCAAGGAGCUGCAGACGUGGGUCCGAGAGCAUCACCCGGAGAACGGAGAGGAGGCCGUGACGGUGCUGGAGGAUUUAGAGAGUGAACUGGAUGAUCCCGGGCAGCCGGUUUCUCUCCGCCGGCGGAAACGGGAGGUGCUGGUAGAGGAGAUUGUAUCGCAGGAAGAAGCUCAGGGAUUACCAAGUUCUGAGCUCGAUGCUGUGGAAAACCAGCUCAAGUGGGCGUCCUGGGAACUCCACUCCCUAAGACACUGUGAUGACGAUGCAAGGACUGAAAAUGGAGCGUUGGCUCCAAAGCAGGAGAUUCCUUCAGCAGUGGAAUCUCAGGAAGUUCCUGGUACUCUCGGUGUGGGGGUCCCUCAGAUUUUUAAAUAUGGAGAAGCCUGCUUCCCUAAGGGCAGGUUUGAAAGAAAGAGAAAUCCUUCGAGAAAGAAACAACAUAUAUGCGAUGAAUGUGGAAAACACUUCAGUCAGGGUUCAGCUCUGAUUCUGCAUCAAAGAAUCCACAGUGGAGAGAAACCCUACGGAUGUGUUGAAUGUGGAAAGGCGUUCAGCCGAAGUUCCAUCCUUGUACAACACCAGCGAGUGCACACUGGGGAAAAACCGUACAAAUGUCUCGAAUGCGGGAAAGCCUUUAGCCAGAAUUCUGGGCUUAUUAAUCAUCAGAGAAUCCACACUGGGGAGAAACCUUAUGAAUGUGUGCAGUGUGGGAAAUCCUAUAGUCAAAGCUCAAACCUUUUCAGGCAUCAGCGAAGACACAAUGCAGAAAAACUGCUGAAUGUUGUGAAAGUUUAA